CGCGGAAUUUCAUACGUGGCCUUAACUGUUGAUGUAUGACAGACGCUAAUGUUCGUGAAGUUCUGUUUUAAAAGUUAGGUAGUGCUCACGUUUUGAAGAGCAUCAUUAUGGCCAUUUCCAGAAAUGUUAUCCUUUUAGUGUGUUUACUGGUGUUUGUUAUGUGCAGGGCAGUUCCAAAUCCAGAUGGUAGUAAAAGAGUGCAUGAUAAGCCAUUGAGUGAUGAAAAACAUUAUGGUGAAAAUGAAGCGCAUAAUACCCAGUAUGAUCAUGAAGCAUUUUUAGGAGAGGAAGAGGCAAGAAAAUUCGAUGAAUUAUCCCCAGAAGAAAGCAAAGAGAGACUUGCCAAAAUAGUUGACAAGAUUGAUAAGGACAAGGAUGGCUUUGUAACUCAAGAAGAACUGAAAAAUUGGAUUGAAUAUACUCAAAAAAAAUAUAUUCUUGAUGAUGUGAACAGGCAAUGGGAGACACAUAAUGAAGCAAAAAAAGAUACUUUAGACUGGGAGACAUAUAAAAAAGUCACUUACAGCUUCAUUGAUGAAGAUCAAAGUCAAGAUGAUGAUCCUGACAUCAAAACGUAUAAAGAAAUGAUGCAGCGUGACAAGCGACGAUGGAUGACUGCUGACAAAAAUAAAGAUGAACAAUUGUCGAAGGAAGAAUUUGCUGAUUUUCUUCAUCCAGAAGAAGCACCUCAUAUGCAAGAUAUAGUUAUUACAGAAACUAUUGAGGAUAUUGAUAAAGAUGGGGAUGGUAGAAUCUCUCUGCAAGAAUAUAUUGGUGAUAUGUAUAGUGGAGGAGAAGAAGAUGAACCUGAAUGGGUAAAAAAUGAAAGAGAUCAAUUCAAGACCUAUCGAGACAAAAAUAAUGAUGGAUAUAUGGAUAAAGAUGAAGUAAAAGAAUGGAUUCUUCCUAGUGAUUACAAUCAUAGUGAAGCAGAAUCUUUGCAUCUCAUACAUGAAGCAGAUGAUAAUAAGGAUAGUAAAUUAUCUAAAGAAGAAAUUUUGGAUAAUUAUGAUCUCUUUGUUGGAAGUCAAGCUACAGACUUUGGCGAAGCUUUAACAAGACACGAUGAAUUUUGAAUGAAGUCAUAUUUAGAAAUGAUUGCAUUUGAGAGUGAAAACUAGUAUUUUAUGUGUUUUAUUGAAAUACCUAUGUUGUUGUGUAUCUGUGCAAGAGGAAGGCUGUGCCUUUUGCAGUCCUUUUCUUCCUUGUUGUUUCUUUUAACUUUUCCAAAACUUGCCUGAUAAGCAAGACAGUGGAGAUUUUUUCCACUUAACUUGUCAUGAAAAAAGUACACAUACUUACAGCUUUAUUUUUUGCCAUUCAUGGACUACUUAAAAUACAUAACGGAUUUUUCAUUGCUUAGUUAGCUUUCACUGAUGAAAUGGCAUAAAAAGAAUUCUCAUUUGACUGAUCAAAGUAAUUUAAUAUAUAUAUAUAUAUAUUUUUGGUUUGAAAGAAAUGCAUGAAAAAAUGGUUUGAUAUUAUCUUUUUAACAGUAUUUUAUUAAUGUUAGUUAGAUAUUUUAUUUAAAUUUAAUUUAGAGAUAUUUACAAGAGCAGUCUAUUUACAAUCUAUAUCUUGUUGAUUCUUUUUAUGUAAGAAAGAACUACUAAAAUCUUCAACAACAAAAAAUUCUUUAUUUGUUAUUGAAUUGUUUUGUUUCUUCUAUGAUGACAUUCAUUAAGUUAAUCAUUAAUAGAGGUUUAACAUGAAAAAUUCUGGGAAUCAAAAGGUUGAUAUAUCAUUAUUUAUUGUAGCACUUGUUAAAAAUGAAAUAUUUUUUUAGAUAAAUGAAAAUGUUCAAUAAGUUACUUGUCAUGUAUUUUUGUAUUGAAAUACUGUAACAGCUUUUUAUGAAAAUGAUAAAGAUUGACAUUUAUUUCAA